UCUGAUGUUGUGCCUCCCUUUUACAUGUUCUCUUUUGAGUUGGGGGGCAUCGCUAGGUCAGAUUUCUUGGGCUCAGACGCUCAAAACCUGACCUGGACCGUACGACAUUCACAGGGUGCGUGCAACACAAUUUGCGACCGCCAAGGACAAUCCUCUGAUAUAAUUACACAAGUUGCAACGUGCGAUGAUCUGACUUUAGCGAUUACUGGGGGUGUGAAGCCGUACACAGUAUCCGUUCUAGGAUUGAACUUCACAAAUUUCACUCUCGGAACAGAAAACGACGAGUUCAAGUACUUGAAUCAGGAUACACCUGGAGAUUCUUUCAUA